CAGUGUUGACUAUUGACGAAGAAAAAUAAGGAGUGUUGGACUACUUUCUUUCUGUGUCGGUACUCGGUAGUACUAGUACAGGUCUGAGUAUACUGAAAAAAAAACACAAAAAUAAAAAAUUUAAUAGUAAUACUGUAAUAAAAAAUAAAAUCACAUUUUGGUUUGUUGGUCGUUAUCAUAUUAUAAAUGGUACCCGUGACGGCUAUUGAGAAUGUCUCUCCUCUCUCUCUCUCUCUCUCUUUCAUAAAGAGAGACUCUCUAUACAUGUACACACAUUGACGCACACAGUAGUUUCCAUAAGUAGAAACUUCGCCACCAAGAAAACACUGUUUAACACCUCCUAAUUCUCCACCGGAAACACAAAAACCCUAGUCCCCAACCACACGGUCUCUCUCUCUUUCUCCGAUCACUAGCUUCGCAAGAUCAAACCCCAGUCCGAUUCAAAACCCUUCAAAUUAUAUAUAUGCACACACAUAUAUGUGUGCUUGUGUGUGCAAACAAAGCACACAAUUUCGUCCUUUUGUGGUACAAUUGCUGCUCAAAUGAGCUUCUUGAGACCCUCAGCACUGUAUCAGUUCUUGAUUACUUACCAUUCCCUACGGUGGAUGCCCUGUCACAGUUGGGAAUUCCUUCGAUGGCCGAGUUUCGAGGGUUUAUUGCGCCUAUUGGUUGUGUUGCUUUUGUGGUCUGUUACGGCAGAAAUUCUACACAUUCCCUCAUCUUCUAUGUACCCCACUCUCCGUGUUGGCGAUCGAAUCAUCACAGAAAGGGUCAGCUAUAAUACAAGGUUUGGCUUUCUAAGACAACCUUUGGGAGAUGAAUCUUUGGUUUGUUUGCUACUUCAGAAACUUUUCAAGGAAAACAGUGAGGCCUCAUACUUCAUCAGACGCCCUGCUAUACGUGAUAUUGUUAUUUUCCGAGCUCCGGCACAGCAAUUAGGUUUCAGGGAGGAAGAAAUUCUCAUAAAAAGAAUUGUGGCAAGAGCAGGAGACUUGGUUGAGGUUCAUCAUGGCUGGCUCUAUGUCAAUGGGAUCCCCCAGAAUGAAGAUUUUAUAGCGGAACGGCCAAGAUACAUAACAGACCUAACUUAUGUACCUAAAGGACAUGUUUAUGUGUUGGGUGACAACCGGAAUAACAGCUGUGAUUCCCAUGUUUGGGGACCCCUUCCUGUGAAAAAGAUUGUAGGAAGAUAUGUCACAUGUUGUCAUAGACCUUCAAGAAUGACCCGAUGAGGAUUGGAGACACACUUUUGGUAUUGGGUAUUGUUGUUCUCGUGCACGGUGAAAGCUGAAACUCCAAGUAGCCUCUUUAUGGUACACAUCCAUUGACAACAAAAAUCAAAUGUCUUGAUCAUUUUUUGGCUGUUCCAAUUCACUAUGGAAGUUGUGGUAUCCAUUCCAUGGGGACAUGUAUGGGAACAAAAUCAUAGGUCGGCGAAUCAGGCUGGUGCUUUAUGUAUGCACUUCAUUAGCAUACCCGUCUGUUGUCUGUUAUCUUCUCGUGGGAAGCAAGCUGAGCUGAGUAUUAGACGACGGAUGAUGUUAUUUUUGCCAAUAUUUCAUAGUUCCAGUGGUUUGUCGUUACAAGAAGUUCGAAGAAUGCUACUAUUCGUCGUGUUAUUUAUGCAGGUCCGACUCUGUUAAUGUUCCCUCUUCCCCAUGUAUUUUGAAAACCCAAACAAAAAUAUAUUUUGAUACAAUGUUAUGUUAUGCUAAUUCCUCUCUCUCUCUCUCUG